AUCCUCCUUGCGCUGCUACACUUUUCCUUAACAACACACCUCAUAUUGUAUAGCCCACAUCAACCGCCAACAUGCGCGCCGUCGUAUUCAAAGGCGUCGGCCAGGUCGCCGUCGAAGACCGACCCCAGCCGACCAUCCAGGAACCUACCGACGUCAUCGUCAAGGUCAAGUACACAGCGCUCUGCGGCAGCGAGCUGCACGUCUUUCGCGGCCAUCAAAAGUCCCCCACGGGGUUCAUCAUGGGCCACGAGUUCACGGGGACGGUGCACGCCGUCGGGUCGGCUGUCACGUCCUUCCAGCCGGGCGACCUACUCGUGUCCCCGUUCACCAUCAGCUGCGGACAGUGCUUCUACUGCCAGCAGGGGUACUCGUCACGCUGCGAGCGCUGCCUCCUCUAUGGAACGUCUGCGCUCGACGGCGGGCAGGCUGAGUAUGUCCGCGUGCCCCUGGCCGAGACGACAGCGGUCAAGGCACCGGCUGGAAUUGACGAGAAGAAGCUGUGUCUGAUGGCGGACAUCUUCCCCACAGGGUACCAUGCCGCCAAAGCUGGGCUUGGUGACAUGCCAGCCCAGAGAGCCAGGGACAACGUCGUGGUGCUGUUCGGCUGCGGACCCGUCGGUCUCUGUGCACUAGUCGCUGCGCUCGAGUACCAGCCAAAGGCCCUGCUGGCUGUGGAUGGCGUGGCGUCUCGUCUCGCGCAGGCAAAGGACCUUGGCGCUGAGCCAUGGAACUACCAGACGCAAAGGGAUGAACUUGAAGCGCGGGUGCGCGAGCUGACGGACGGUCGUGGCGCCGACGUGGUCAUCGAGGUGGUCGGGCACAGCUCGGCGCUCGACCUGGGCUUUCAGCUUCUGCGGCCCUGGGGCACGAUUUCUAGCGUGGGCGUGCACAAUGGGGAGAUUCCGUGGACGGGGAACCAGGCGUAUGGGAAGAAUCUGACGAUUAAAAUGGGCCGAUGCCCUGUGAGGAGUCUGUUCCCCGAGGCGCUGGAGCUUCUCGAGAAGAAGCAGCAUUUGUUCGGCUUCAUGACGGAUACGAUCAUGCCACUGAGCGAUGCUGUGGAGGGGUACGACUUGUUUGACAAGAUGAAGGCGCAAAAGGUGAUUUUCGACGCGGAGAAGUGACGGUUCGGGGAUCAGUGUGUCCUGGAUUCAUAUUGCACAAACGUUUUUGUCUAAACGCCACAAGACCUGCGUGCCAUUUUGACACAAGGCCAUGCCACGGGUAUGAAGUGAAGGACCGAGCUUCUCGUGAGCCGCCUAGAAGCACGUCUGCUUCAGAAAGGUCAUGAGACCGAUAGCCCAUGUCCAGUUCAUGAUGCAGCUGUCCAC